GGUCAAAUAAUUUCAAAUCCUUACUCUCUAUCUCUAUCCCCUCUUUCCGUUGAUCUAGUGCUUCAGUUUCCAAGAAAACCAAAAACCUGUCUUCUCCAUCUUCUUUUCUCUCUCUGCAAACAACUCUCUCUCUCUCUCUCUCUCUCUCUCUCUGUCUUGUCUCUCAAAUCCAAACCUUUCUGUUUGAAUUCAUGGCAAAUCAAACCGUUAAGUGUUCUACUCCUACAAAGUCCACGAACUCUUCGAUCUCCAAGGUCAGAGUCAUAGUAAGGGUACGUCCCUUUCUCUUUCACGAAAUUUCUGGCAAGAACGAUGACCCGAAACCGUGCAUUUCCGUUCUUGAUCAAGAAUGCGAGUCCUCCAGUGAAGAAGUAGCUGUUUACCUCAAAGAUAAAGAUACCAGCCGAAACGAAUGUUAUAGGUUGGACUCUUUCUUUGGCCAAGAGGACAACAAUGUGAGUCAGAUCUUUUACAGGGAAGUUAGCCCUUUGAUUCCGGGUAUUUUCCGUGGCUACAAUGCCACUGUGUUUGCCUAUGGUGCUACCGGUAGUGGAAAGACUUAUACCAUGCAGGGUACUGAUGAGGAUCCAGGUCUAAUGCCGCUGGCCAUGUCUACAAUUCUCACAAUGUGCCAAAGCACAGGAAGCACAGCAGAGAUUUCGUACUAUGAGGUCUAUAUGGACAGGUGCUACGAUCUUUUAGAGCUCAAGGGGAAGGAAAUUGCAGUUUUGGAUGAUAAAAACGGGCAAAUUCAUCUCCGCGGACUAUCUCAGGUCCCUGUGAAGUCGAUGUCUGAAUUCUAUGAGACAUUUUCUUGUGGGAUUCAGAGGAGGAAAGUCGCGCACACCGGGCUUAACGAUGUCUCUAGUAGGAGCCAUGGGGUGCUAGUGAUUGCUGUUUCUACUCCUUGUGGUGAUGGCUCUGAGGCUGUUGUUACUGGGAAGCUGAACCUUAUAGACUUGGCAGGUAAUGAAGAUAAUAGAAGGACCUGCAAUGAAGGAAUUCGUCUCCUAGAGAGUGCCAAGAUCAACCAGUCCUUGUUUGCAUUGUCCAAUGUGAUUUAUGCACUGAAUAAUAACAAAACCCGCGUGCCCUAUAGAGAAAGCAAAUUGACCCGUAUAUUGCAAGACUCACUUGGUGGGAUAAGCCGUGCUUUAAUGGUUGCUUGCCUGAAUCCAGGAGAGUACCAGGAAUCUGUUCAUACUGUGAGCUUGGCUGCUCGGUCAAGGCACGUAUCCAAUUUUGUUCCUUCAUCACAUAAGCUAGAGACCCCAAAGGUUAGAAUGGACAUGGAGGCCAAACUGCUUGCUUGGCUUGACUCUAGAGGCAAGACAAAGAGUGCACAACGAAUUGGACCAUUCAAUUCUCCUUUUACGAGCAAAACUCUGGGUUCAUUGAGCUCUGUUAAGAAAGCCAGUCUCUAUCCCAGCUCUGUGAAAGCAAAGGGUAGUACCAAACAAGGUGCUUCUAAGGCAAAAGAAAGGUUUGCUCCCGUGCCUUUCAUAAAUUUAAACAACAACGAAGGUCUGGCCGAUGCUUGCUUGGAGACUGGGGAGAUUGCUGAUAAGUCAAAUAUAGAAGCGAUUGAGGCUUCUGCUGAUGGAAUUGUGCCUGUGUCAAAUACAUUCUUGCCUGGUAAUUGUCAAAUGCAUUCUUGCGUGACGAAAAAUGAACUGCAGAGUUCUGUGAGAAAAGCUCUCUCUCCCAUAAAAAACAAUGUAAAUCAAAAGCCCCUUAAUGAACGCUCAUCCACAGAUCAAUUAUGCCCAGCUUUGUUUGAGCCAGUUACUCCCCAAAGACCUUGUAUUUUGAAAUCUCCAAACAAGUCGGAAAUGGUUGGCCCCUCACUUGAUAAAUUCCAUGCAAGGAGCUCCAAUUUGAAGACCUCUCUUAUUCAGGAGUAUAUUGGUUUCUUAAAUACAGCCAGCAAAGAGGAGCUACUGGAGUUAAAGGGGAUUGGAUUGAAAAUGGCAGAAUACAUACUUGAGCUCAGGGAAACAAGCCCUUUAAAAUCGUUGAGCGAUUUGGAGAAGAUUGGCCUUUCAUCCAAGCAGGUUUAUAACUUGUUCAGCAAAGCUGCCAGAGGAAUAUUUGAUAGACUAGAAGAUUCAUCACCCAGUAGUUCAGACAUCUACAAGUUAAAUCAAUAGCCUUGCUCUGGAUAGUACUUCAAACUACUGACUUGAUCGGAUAUGAUGAUUUGUCAUGUCCUGGAAUUUCACUUCUUACUUAUGAUCGAGUUUGUUUAAUAUUUCUUUAUGUGUUUCAUGCACCUUUGUUAUA